AUGGCUUUUAGAGCAGCUGUACCUUGCUUGAGGCGCUCUGCGCUCCUGAUGCCUUUUGUCAGGCAGAGGGCACCCAUUGCUGCGUUCCGGUGGCAUACAAGGUAUGCGAGCUCCCAGGCCAGUUCUGGCGAAGCCGCGCAGGAGCAAAGCAGGGACUCCAUGGAGGACACCGUGAGCGCACAGCGCCAGGUUCUCUUCCCCAACGCUCAGAAGUUAGAAGAGGCUUACCAGCAGCAGGACCUCCAAAGAAAGGUUGCGGUGCCGCCUGAGCAGUGGUCUCCCAGGCGGGUACCCUACAAGACCUACGAGAAGGACGGAGCACCGGAGGAUGACAGUGACGAGGAUGAGGAGGCUGCCGCCGAGGCUGAGGUCGAGGUCGAGGGCCUGGAGGUUGGUAUGGAGGAGGUGGGCUUCCGCUACAACGGUCCCGAGCCGACCACCUUCGGGGAUUGGGCCCACAAGGGUCGUGUUACAGACUUCUGA